GGAAAAAAAAAGGACGACUUGGAGGUCCGGUGUAGGAGAGGGAGUUUCCUGCCUUGUGUAGUAGAAAAUAGGAUAAAUUCCCCCUUCUGGCUGUCAGAGGGAGACCCUCAAUGGGAUUUUUUGCUUUCGUCCUUGCCCUUUCAAUAAACCGUUUCUACCACCCCUAAACGUUCACGCACUCGCCUGCUGCCCCUCACUUGUCGACAUCACCCCUGCCUGCCUUCAAGGUCGAGGAUAGGAAAGACAAAGACAGAGAGAUACGCAAAGCAGACAUGGCUUCCACAACGGAACAGGCCGAGACGCCUCACCAGGCGUAUGAUACCAUUCUGACGUUGGACUUUGGCUCGCAAGUGACGCACCUCAUCACCAGGCGGUUACGAGAGCUCAAUGUCUACAGUGAGAUGCUGCCAUGCACCACCAAGCUGUCCGACUUGACCUGGAAGCCCAAGGGCAUCAUUCUGUCGGGCGGCCCCUACUCGGUCUACGACGCGGACGCGCCCCAUGUCGACCCUGCCUUUUUUGACCUCGGCGUUCCCAUCCUGGGCAUCUGCUACGGCCUCCAGGAGAUCGCCUGGAGGCUCAGCAAGGACAACGUCGUUGCCGGCGAGAAGAAGGAGUUUGGUUACGCUGACCUCACGCCGCAGCGCCAUGGUGGCCACGUGGACCGCCUCUUCGAGGGCAUCACCGACGGCGCGACGCAGGUCUGGAUGAGCCACGGCGACAAACUGAGCCAGCCGCCCACCGGCUUCCAUACCAUCGCCACCACCAGCAACUCGCCCUUCGCCGCCGUCGCCCACGAGACCCAGCCCAUCUAUGGCGUCCAGUUCCACCCCGAGGUGACCCACACCCUGCGCGGCGGGGAGCUGCUGCGCAACUUUGCCGUCGGCAUCUGCGGCGCCCGCCAGAACUGGAGCAUGUCCAACUUUAUCGGCCAAGAGAUUGCCCGCAUCCGCAAGCUCGUCGGCGAGAAGGGCCAGGUCAUCGGCGCCGUCUCUGGCGGUGUCGACUCUACCGUGGCCGCCAAGCUGAUGAAGGAGGCCAUCGGCGACAGGUUCCACGCCGUGCUCGUCGACAACGGAGUCAUGCGCCUGGACGAGUGCCAGCAGGUCAAGAAGACGCUCGCUGAGCACCUGGGCAUCAACCUGACCAUCGCGGACGCGUCGCAAAAGUUCCUUGCGGGCCUCAAGGGCGAGCUGGACCCGGAGAAGAAGCGCAAGUUCAUCGGCAACACCUUCAUCGACAUCUUCGAGGAGGAGGCCGUCAAGAUCGAGAAGGCGGCCGAGAACACGCCGCAGGCCGGCAAGGUCGAGUGGUUCCUGCAGGGAACGCUCUACCCGGACGUCAUCGAGUCCAUCUCCUUCAAGGGCCCGUCCGACACCAUCAAGACGCACCAUAACGUCGGCGGCCUCCCGAAACGCAUGAUGGAGGGCCAGGGCCUCCGGCUCAUCGAGCCGCUGCGCGAGCUGUUCAAGGACGAGGUGCGCGCGCUCGGUCGCGAGAUGGGUAUCGACGAGGAGCUCGUCAUGCGCCACCCCUUCCCCGGCCCGGGCAUCGCCAUCCGCAUCCUCGGCGAGGUCACGCCCGAGCGCGUCGAGAUGGCCCGCAAGGCCGACCACAUCUUCAUCGGCAUGAUCCGCGAGGCCGGCAUCUACAACGACAUGAGCCAGGCCUACGCCGCCCUCAGCUCCGACCGCGUCGUCGGCGUCAUGGGCGACAAGCGCCAGGAGGGCUACAUGGUGAUCCUCCGCGCCGUCGUCACAAAGGACUUUAUGACGGCUGAGGCCUACAAGUUCGACAUGGACCUACUCAUGAAGAUCUCGACCCGCAUCGUCAACGAGGUCGACGGCGUCAGCGCCGUCGUCUACAACACCACCAGCAAGCCCCCUGCGACCAUUGAGCUGCAGUAGAGGGUGUGUGCGUGUGUGUGUAUGUGUUGUUUGGAUUCGAGAGGGAAUGGGAGGGAAGGGAUUUAGAAGGAAGGCUCGCGCGGGUGGGUUUUAGAGGUCGGCUUUUUGCGCAUUGGAAAAGGAGGGGACACGAACUGGGCAAGGCAAGGUUAUUGGGGGAAAUCGGGGUUACGCUAGAGGUGCGAUGUUUUUAUCCGCGAGACUCAGUAUGGCUUUGGCGAGCAAUCCAUAGCGCUGAUCCAUCACAGAAUGCUCGAUCACUGCGAGAUGCUUCAGGGUCUUCAGCAA